AUGAUGAGACGCAUUGCUUUAUCAAAAAGGGUCCUUUGUAUACCGGAAGCCAUUGAUAUGAGUCGCAAAUUGAUAGUACUUGGUGGUACUGGAUUCUUGGGGAAACGUAUCUGUGAAGCUGCUGUUGGAGCAAAUUUCCAAGUAGUUUCACUAUCGAGGUCGGGAAAGGCUACUUCAUCUGAACCAUGGGCAAAUGAAGUUGAAUGGAGAUCUUGUGAUAUUUUUAAUCCUGACACAUAUGCACCAGUACUUCGUAAUGCCACUGAUGUAGUUCACAGUCUAGGAAUACUUUUGGAGAAUGAGAAUUACAAGAAACAAAUCAAUGGUUCGUUUUGGUCGGUACCGAAGUUAUCGUUCGGAGGGUUUGGUAAGAACCCAUUGGCACCAAAAAAACCUGAGAGAUCGAGAUUUACAUACGACAUGAUGAACCGUUAUAGUGCCACCUUACUUGCAGACACUUAUAUGAAGGUGAACGGUGGUCAAGCUCAGACUUUCAGUUACAUUUCGGCUGACAGAGGAUUCCCAUCAAUUCCAAGUGGAUACAUUGAUUCUAAGAGACAGGCCGAAGAACACAUUUCCCAAUACGGGAAACAGAUAAGGUCCAUCAUUUUAAGACCUGGGUUUAUGUUUGACGAAAGAAACUCUGAAUCGGAUGGAAGAACGCAGAUUCGUAAUUUCUUGCAAAUGUUGAACUGCGGUAAUGAAAUGGUACUUAGACAAAAGAUACCGUUUGUCAACGACCUUGUGCGACCAUUAAUCUCUACACAGCAAGUAGCACACUCGUUAAUAUUAGCAUUACAGGAUCCCAACUGUGAAGGGGUAUUGACCUUGGACGAAAUGCUCAAGAUGUAA